AUGGAGAACGUGACCGAGACACAGCUGAAGGAUUACAACUCCCUGCAGGACUACAACUCCCUGCAGGACUACAACUCCCUGCAGGACUACAACUCCCUGCAGGACUACAGCUUCCUGGCGCUGGCGCUGGGCGUGCCGCUGAUCCUGCUCACCGUGCUGGGGAACGUGCUGGUGUGUCUGAGCGUGCUCACCGAGCGCUCCCUGAAAACCGCCACCAACUACUUCAUCAUGAGCCUGGCGGCUGCAGACCUGCUGCUCGCCGUGCUCGUGCUGCCGCUCUACGUCUACACCCAGUUUUUGGGGGGAAUCUGGACGCUGAGCCCCUUCCUGUGUGACGCUCUGAUGACAAUGGACGUGAUGUUGUGCACCGCCUCCAUCCUCAACCUGUGUGCCAUCAGCGUGGACAGGUACAUCGCGGUGGUGGUGCCUCUGAAGUACAACAGGAACCAGUUCAGCAUGCGCCAGCUGGCUCUGAUCGUGGCAGUCUGGCUGCUGUCUCUGGGCGUGGCGAGCCCGGUAAUCUUCGGGCUGAACCGGGUGCCGGGCCGCGACCCCACCGUGUGCAAACUGGAGGACGACCGUUUCGUGGUGUACUCGUCGGUGUGCUCCUUCUUCGUCCCGUGUCCCGUCAUGCUCUUCCUGUAUUAUGGGAUGUUUCGGGGCCUGCGGCGGUGGAGUGGUCGGAGUCGCUCGGCCGGGCAUCCUGCUCUCUCGCUACGCCUCAGCUCGGCUUUACGGCGAGGGAAUGCAACGGCAACGGGAAGUGAAGAGAAGGUGGUUUUCGGCGCGCCGGGCGAGUUCAGCCCUGCGUCUCCGUCCACCAUCUCCAUGAUGACGCCCUCGGCGACGGCGCUGUCGGAGGAGCGGCGAGACGGCAAGGUGGCGCCUGAGAGAGACCCGGUGACAGUGCAGACAGACAGCGUGUCGGACGGCGAGCCCACAGAGACGAGAUAUGGCGAGCCAGCCGAGACGAGAGAGCAGAAGAGAGGGAGGAGGAACAGUAAGAGCAGCAGAGUCAGCGGCCGUGAACGGAAAGCCAUGAAGGUGCUGCCCGUCGUCGUCGGGGUUUUUCUAGCUUGUUGGACACCUUUCUUCGUCGUCCAUGUCACCAAGGUGUUGUGCCAGUCAUGUGACAUCAGCCCUGCCCUCAUCUCCGUGGUAACAUGGCUCGGCUACGUUAACAGCGCCAUGAACCCGAUCAUCUACACCGCCUUCAACGUGGAGUUCAGGAAGGUCUUUCACAAGCUGCUCUGCUGCCGGACAGCCAGCGGUACUCUGAUUAAAGUCCGCCUCGAUGACGAAACUGUCCGUCACCAGCAGGAAAAGGAAGGCUUUCCACUCAACACUCUGACUGACUCUUAUUUUGAAAGGGGUUUCUCUUGUGUGGAGGAAGAUGUUGAGAUGCAAGAUGUUGCUCUGGCAGCUCGCUCUCCGCUUAUCUUACCAUGUUGUUCCAGUCUGUGUUUGGGGGGAUCGGACAUCUUUGUGUCGAUCAGAGAGAACAGCCCGAUGGGUCAGUUUAUCUCUAACCUCAGUAUCAGAGGAGAACCAAGAGAUAACACCAUCCGCCUGUGUCUGACCGGAGACAGCGCCGACUGGUUCUACCUGGAGGGUCGGACCAUCAGACUCAACGCCUCUGCCUCCAGAGUCCUCGACCGAGAGGUUCUAGGAUCGGUGCUAAUCGCAGAGCUCACCUGUUUCCAGGACGAUGUCAUACAGUUCACAGUACGUAUUGCAGCUACGGUAGCCUUCACCAUAUCUAUGGUCUUCACGAAGGUGUACGAAGGUGUACAAAAGGCCGUCUAUCAGCUGUGGUUGUUGGAGUGCAUGUCGGGAAAGGGCGCGGACACACGCUUCACACCACGAGCAGGAUGCCGUCUGCGAAGGCAAAACCCCUUUGAAGACCGCAGCAAAGGUGAUAUCCCUCUGGGGGCCGAGCAUGAAGGCAAUAUCCCUCUGGAUGCCGGCGGCGAAGGCAAGACCCCUCAGGAGGCAAGCGACGGGUCAGCUGUACAGGAGCCAAGCCAAGGAUCUGCUGGGCCAGGGUCCGCCAACAAGACACCAGGAUCAGAAGUCAACUGGGAAGCCAACAGGACACGGGGAGCAGGAGUUGGUCGGACUGCUGACAAAACAAUGGGGACUGGAGUCUCUGGGACGCCGGGGAACGGCACUGACUCUUGGCCGCCGGAGAACAGCACAGUCUCAGAGGCAGUCUCUGGGGUGCCGCAGGUAAACAACGCCACUGGGGCAGUGUCUGGGACACCAGAGACCGGCAUAGUCACUGGGGCAGUCUCUGGGGCACCGGAGACCGGCAAAGCCUCUGGGGCAGUCUCUGGGGCACUGGAGACUGGCAAAGUCAGACAGUAA